AAAUGUUUGGAUAUGAAUGAUGAUUUGAAGAAAGUGUCGGUUAUGUUUCUUCGCAGUGCUAUUGAUCGAAUCCUUGCUGAGCGUGAUAUAAAGCGUAAAGAGCAUUUGCAACUUCGGAAAGCUUGUGAACAAGCUUUAGAGCAGUUACAAUUGGAAUGUGAUGGCGAAGAUAACAUCUCGACAAAUAUUCUUCCAUCAAAUUCGCAUUUUAUUCAGGCUGACCAAUAUUUUCUACCGUUUGAUCUUGCAUGUCGCUCAAAAAAUGCUAAAAUUGUUAUAAUAGCGCUAGAUUGUUUGCAGAAAUUAAUAGCGUAUGGUCAUCUUACUGGCAGUGGGGUUGAUAUUGCAAAUCCUGAGAGGCUUUUGAUUGACCGUAUUGUUGAAGCGAUUUGUUCUCCUUUCAGUGGUCCGAAUACUGAUGAAGGCGUUCAACUUCAGAUUUUAAAGGCUAUUCUGGCAGCAAUAUUAGCUCCUACGUGCGAAGUGCAUGAAGGAACUCUCUUACUUGCUGUACGGACUUGUUUUAAUAUAUAUCUUGCGAGUAGGAGUCCUAUUAAUCAAUCAACAGCUAAGGCUUCUUUAACACAGGUAAUUAAUACGGUCUUCGGCAAUUUGCUCAAGUCAGAAUCAAAUUAUAUUUUAUCUGUUGAAAAUAUCACUCCGCAUCCACGAGUUUUGAAUGUUGGUGCGCUGGCAACUGAUUCAACCGAUAUGCUUUACGAUGAUGUUUCUGUUGCUCAUUUAGCAUUUCGAAAUGUUCGAGAAAAAGAUGCUUUUUUACUGUUCCGUGCAUUAUGUAGGCUGUCAACGAAAUCUCUUCCAGAACGACCCGAUCCUAACCAUGAACUUCGAUCAAAAGAACUUUCUUUGGAAAUGUUAUUACUAAUCGUUCAGAACUGUUCCACUUUUUCGCACAAUUCUCAGCCUUUUGUUCUUGCUCUCCGCCAUUAUUUGUGCGUUUCGCUUUCGCGAAAUGGUGUUUCACCAGUUGUAUCUAUUUUCGAAAAAUCUCUCGCUAUUUUUGUACAGCUCGUCAAUAACUUUAAAAUGCAUCUAAAAAUACAAAUCGAAGUAUUUUUCAAGGAAAUUAUUUUUUCUAUACUGGAGAGUAGUUCAAGUUCAUUUGAGCAUAAAUGGAUUGUAAUUAAUAGCAUAGCAAAAAUUUGCGAAGACCCGCAGAGUCUUGUGGAUAUUUACGUCAACUAUGAUUGUGAUCUUACCUCGGCAAAUAUUUUCGAACGAAUUGUGAACUGUCUUUCGAAAAUAGCUCAGCGGGAACGUUCGAUGCGAAUAUUAGGCCUGAGAUGUCUAGUCGAAUGUCUUCAGUGCAUGGUAGACUGGUUUGAUGAUGUUUAUGGAGAACAAAUUAAUCAUCCUGAAUCACCCACGGUUCAUCAAUAUGAACAACUAAAACAAAAGAAAGAGACGAUAGAGCAUGGGAUUUAUCUGUUUUCCCGUAAGCCAAAACAUGGGCUAAAAUUUCUCCAAGAAAGACAACUUAUCGGAUCAGAAAUUGAAGAUAUUGCCAGAUUCUUCCAUAAAGAAGACAGAUUGGACAAAACAGUGUUGGGUGAUUUUUUGGGUGAUGGCGACGACUUCAAUAAGCAGAUUAUGUAUGCUUAUAUCGAUCAGCUCGAUUUUUCCAACCGGGAUUUUGUUGCCGCUUUGCGGCAAUUUUUAGAUGGAUUUCGACUUCCUGGAGAAGCACAAAAAAUUGAUCGCCUUAUGGAGAAAUUCGCAUCUCGUUAUUGUGAGUGCAAUCCACAUCUUGGUUUGUUUGCAUCAGCUGAUACCGCUUAUGUCUUGGCUUAUUCCAUAAUUAUGCUAACGACGGAUCUACAUAGCCCUCAAGUUCGUAGCAAAAUGACGAAAGAUCAAUAUAUUGCAAUGAACCGUGGAAUAAAUGAUCAAUCUGAUUUACCGAGACAAUAUCUUUCUGAUAUUUAUGACGAAAUAGCUGGCAAUGAGAUAAAGAUGAAGCCUGGUUUAACAAAGAUACCAAAGCAAAAUGCAUUGACAGCAAACGAACGGCAACGAAAGCUUUUACAAAAUUUUGAAUUGGCUGCGAUGGCUCAAACAGCUCGUGCACUAAUGGAAGCAGCAUCACAUUAUGAAGCGGCAUUUACUACAGCUUCACAUUAUGAACAUGUUCGACCGAUGUUCAAGAUCGCAUGGACACCUUGCCUAGCUGCGUUUAGCAUUGGUUUGCAAACAUCUGAAGAUAUUGAGAUUAUUGCACGUUGUUUGGAAGGUUUUAGGUUAGGAAUACGCAUCGCAUGUGUUUUUCGCCUUGCUUUGGAAAGAAAUGCCUAUUUGCAAGCACUUGCUAGGUUUACACUUUUGACUGCAAAAAAUUCGAUGGCUGAAAUGAAAUCAAAAAAUAUCGAAUCCAUAAAGCUGCUGAUGACAAUUGGAAGCGAAGACGGAAAUUGCUUAGAUGAAUCGUGGAUCGACAUACUGAAAUGCAUAUCACAAUUGGAAUUAGCUCAAUUAAUUGGAACUGGCGUGUCGAAUUCGCCGGAAUUUAAUGAUUCUUCCGCGCAAUAUGUCCUGAAAAGCGCCGCCAAUGUCGAUGAACGUAUGUUAUCUAGCCUACAGGAAUGCCUGGGUGAAACAACCUCACAAAAUGUUGUCGUUGCUGUUGAUAGAAUUUUUCAAGGCUCCUCUAAAUUAGAUGGUGAUGCUGUGGUUCAUUUCGUACGAGCAUUGUGUGAAGUUUCAAAAGAAGAACUAUCAGCAGCAGGUAAUCCACGAAUGUAUAUGUUACAGAAAAUAGUCGAAAUAUCUUUUUAUAAUAUGGAUAGAAUUCGAUUGCAGUGGUCCAGAAUAUGGAACAUUUUGGGAGAACAUUUCAAUAAAGCUGGAUGCAAUGCGAAUGAAACUGUGGCUCAUUUUGCGGUUGAUGCGCUAAGGCAACUUUCUAUGAAAUUCCUCGAACGAGGCGAAUUGCACAAUUUUCGUUUUCAGAAGGAUUUCCUUAAACCGUUUGAGAUCAUUAUGAACAAAAACCGCUCUUUGAAAUGUCGAGAAUUAGUUGUUGAAUGUAUCAGUCAUAUGGUGAAUUCCCAUUGGAACAAAAUUAUUUCUGGUUGGAAAAAUGUCUUCUCAGUUUUUACGAUGGCAGCUGGAGGAACUGAUGAAAAUAUUGUUGAGAGCGCUUUUAUUACUACAAAUUUCAUCAUAACCCAAGUAUUCGCGAAAGAAUUUGUUAACGUGCUGGAUUCGUUCCAAGAUGCCAUAAAAUGCUUAUCUGAAUUUGCUUGCAAUUCAAAUUAUCCAGAUAUUUCAAUGGAAGCCAUACGUUUAAUCCGCUUUUGUGCAACAUAUGUAUCGUUGAAUCAGCAGUUAAUUGUUGAUCAUCAGUGGGAAGAUGGAGCAACUAUAAAUGAUACACAGCGCGUUUUUCUUCGUGGCUGGUUUCCCAUUAUUUUUGAAUUAUCAUGUAUCAUUGGCAGAUGCAAAUUGGAUGUGAGGACUAGGAGCCUUACGGUUAUGUUCGAAAUUAUGAAAACUUAUGGGAAUGAAUUUAAAGAGGAAUGGUGGAAAGAUAUAUUCUUAGUAGUAUUCAGAAUUUUUGAUGUUAUGAAAUUAACUGAGGAGCAGAACGAGAAACUUGAAUGGAUGAGAACAACAUGUAAUCAUGCACUUUAUGCAAUUGUUGAUGUUUUCACUCAAUAUUAUGCAGAAUUAUCUGCAGUCUUGCUAAGCAAUAUAUAUGAACAGUUGUUUUGGUGUGCACAGCAAGAAAAUGAACAACUUGCUCGUUCAGCAAUUAAUUGUCUGGAAAGUUUAAUUCUUCUAAAUGGCUCGAAGUUUUCCUCUGCCAUGUGGGUGGAAACCAUAACACUUAUAGUAAAUAUGUUCAAUUCUACUUUACCUCAUUCCAAUUGUGAUGCUCUAUUCUCGUCACUGCUUGUUCGAUGCGUCGUUCAGUUAGAACUUGUGGAUGCCGUAAAUAAUAUUAUAUUUGGUCCUGGCUCUUCGCAAUUAGUUACAUGUCUUCUUGACUCUCAUUCGCUGGCGCAAAAAUUUAAUGGCAACAAUGCACAGCGAACCCUUUUAUGGAAGGCCGGAUUUAAAGGUAGAAGUAAACCUAAUCUUUUGCGUCAGGAAACUCAUAGCGUACGUACUGCUCUUUGUAUUCUAUAUCAGAUUUAUUUCGAUAUUCAGAGAACAUCAUUAGAACAAAAGAACGAUGUGAAAAAAAGGCUUUUGUGGUUAGGAAAUUGA